AGGAGCCACAGAUCUGGAAGCUUCAGAUGGGUCACCGGCCAACGCGUAUCUCUGUGUCCAGGACCGCUGCUCACUGACGUGCGUACGGGAGCGGCAGCAAGGUGCCUCCGCCAAGCAGGAGACAUAACUCAGAAGGGCUAUGAGAAAAAAAGAAGCAAGCUGCUGGCGCCUUACAUCCCACAGAUACAAGGUGUAGAUCCAUCCUUGCAGAUUGACAACAGGAUCCAGGCCUCCUCCCAAGCUGUUCUUCCAGUUUCCAAACACAACAAGUCCCGGGCCGGCAAUGCCCGGGACGAACGCUUCAGAUCUGACCUACACACAGAGGCUGUCCAAGCUGCUUUGGCAAAGUACAAAGAGAGGAAGAUGCCCAUGCCCUCGAAAAGACGAUCGGUGUUAGUUCAGUCUUCAGUCGAGGCGUGCACCCCACCAGACACUUCCUCGGCAUCAGAGGAUGAGGGCUCGCUGCGACGGCAGGGGCGUCUAGCCACAUCCACGCCCUAUCAGGGCCACAGCCACCCAGCCGUCGAGCACUGGUUCAACCGCGUCAUCCAGGGCUCGUCCACCUCCUCCUCAGCCUCAUCCACCUCAUCCCACCCGGGAGGCAGAUCGGUCACCAACAGCACCGCCCACGCUGCCCUGAACGCCAACGCAGCGGCGACCGCACUCGCAGACCUCAUGGCACACACCCAGCUAGAUAACCACUCAGCGCCCCCCGACGUGACGGGGCUAUCCGAGCGCUCCUCCAUUCACCUGGAGCGGCCCCAGGUGGGCUCGCUGCGAGGAGCUUCCCGCAGCUACAACCACCACGCCAGCAUGAUGGAGACCGCAGAUGGUGUUCCUGUCAACAGUCGUGUCUCCAACAAAAUCCAGCAGCUGCUCAAUACAUUAAAGAGACCAAAGCGUCCACCAUUGCGUGAGUUCUUUGUUGACGACUUCGAGGAGCUUUUAGAUGUCCAGCAGCCUGAUCCCAACCAGCCCAGGCCAGAAGGCCAGCAGAUGAGCCCCCUGGAAGGAGAGCCGCUCGGGGUGGUCACCAACUGGCCUCCUUCUUUGCCAGCAGCCCUGCACAGGUGGGGCAGCACUCAUCCGAAGAGCCCCUGCCUGACAGCACUCGACAACGCUGGCAAGCCCGUCUACACGCUCACCUACGGUAAACUGUGGACCCGCAGUCAGAAACUGGCCUACACGUUGCUAAACAAGCUGAGCAGCAGGAACGAGCCUCUGCUAAUGCCCGGAGACAGAGUUGCGCUCGUUUUCCCCAACAGCGACCCAGUGAUGUUCAUGGUGGCCUUCUUCGGCUGUCUCCUGGCGGAGCUGGUACCCGUGCCUAUCGAAGUACCGCUGACCAGAAAGGAUGCGGGCAGUCAGCAGAUCGGCUUUCUGUUGGGCAGCUGUGGGGUCACGUUGGCACUGACCACUGAUGCUUGUCAGAAAGGCCUGCCCAAAGCUCAAACAGGGGAGGUGGCCACUUUCAAAGGCUGGCCACGGCUGCUUUGGUUCGUGACGGAUGGGAAACAUGUUGUGAAGCCGCCAAAGGACUGGCACCCGCCAAUACGGGAAGCCAGCAAUGAUAUCGCUUACAUAGAAUAUAAAACCAGCAAAGAGGGCAGCACCAUGGGGAUAACCGUGUCCCAUUCGGCCAUGCUGGCUCACUGUCAGGCCCUCACGCAGGCCUGCGGCUACACCGAAGGUGAGACCAUCACCAAUGUUCUGGACUUUAAACGAGAAGCAGGAUUAUGGCACGGCGUCCUCACGAGCGUCAUGAACCGGAUGCAUGUGAUCAGCAUCCCCUACUCCCUGAUGAAAGUCAACCCUCUGUCCUGGAUACAGAAGGUUCACGUGUACAAGGCGCGGGUAGCCGUGGUGAAGUCGAGGGACAUGCACUGGUCUCUGCUGGCCCAGAGGGACCAGAGAGACAUCAGUCUGAGCUCACUGCGGAUGCUGAUCGUAGCCGAUGGAGCUAACCCCUGGUCCAUAUCGUCCUGCGACGCCUUCCUCAAUGUGUUUCAGGCACGUGGGCUGCGACCUGAGGUGAUCUGCCCAUGUGCCAGCUCCUCAGAAGCAAUGACUGUCGCCAUCCGGAGACCUCCAGAGAUGGGCGUUCCUCCUCCAGGCAAAGCGGUGCUGUCCAUGAGCGGCCUGAGUCACAGUGUGAUCCGAGUGGACACUGAGGAGAAACUCUCCGUCCUCACAGUGCAGGACGUGGGACAGGUCAUGCCUGGAGCUCUUGUUUGCGUGGUGCGAGUGGAGGGAACACCUUUCCUCUGCCAGACGGACGAGGUUGGAGAGAUCUGCGUCAGCUCAGGCAGCUCUCGUUUAGCGUACUACGGUCUCCCAGGAAUGACCAAGAACAUCUUUGAGACUGUCCCAGUGAAACCAUCCGGAGUUCCCAUCAGUGACAGACCUUUCACCAGAACCUCACUGCUCGGUUUUGUGGGACCAGACAACCUUGUGUUUGUCGUUGGGAAGAUGGAAGGCCUCAUGGUCGUCAGCAGCCGGAGACACAACGCCGAUGAUGUGGUCGCCACGGCACUGGCUGUGGAGCCCAUGAAGUUUGUGUACAGGGGAAGGAUUGCCGUGUUUUCAGUGUCGGUCCUGCACGACGAGAGGAUCGUGGUGGUGGCCGAGCAGAGGCCAGACUCCUCAGAGGAGGACAGCUUCCAGUGGAUGAGCCGUGUCCUUCAGGCCAUCGACAGCAUCCACCAGGUUGGGGUGUACUGCCUGGCUCUGGUGCCUGCCAACACUCUUCCUAAAGCUCCUUUGGGCGGCAUCCACAUAUCGGAGACCAAGCAGCGCUUCCUGGAGGGCGCCCUGCAUCCCUGCAACGUCCUCAUGUGUCCUCACACGUGUGUCACCAACCUGCCCAAACCGAGACAAAAGCAACCUGAGGUCGGUCCCGCUUCCAUGAUAGUGGGCAACCUGGUGGCAGGCAAGAGGAUAGCACAAGCCUGUGGGAGAGACCUGGGUCAGCUCGAGGACAAUGACCAGGCACGUAAGUUCCUCUACAUCCAGGAUGUGCUACAGUGGAGAGCUCAGGCCACACCGGAUCAUCCUCUGUUCCUCGUUCUCAACUCUAAGGGCACGGUGGCCAGCACAGCUUCCUGUCUGCAGCUGCACAAGCGGGCGGAGCGAGUGGCGGCCGCGCUGAUGGGACGCCUCAACACUGGGGACCACGUAGCACUCGUCUACCCACCGGGAAUCGACCUGAUUGCGACCUUCUACGGCUGCCUGUAUGCCGGGUGUGUCCCGGUCACCGUUCGACCCCCGCACCCGCAGAACCUGGCCACCACCCUGCCUACUGUCAAAAUGAUUGUGGAGGUCAGUAAGUCUGUGUGUAUCCUGACAACCCAAGCAAUAAUGAAGCUACUGAAAUCCAAAGAGGCUACCGCAGCUGUGGACAUUAAGAGCUGGCCCACCGUGAUGGACACGGAUGACCUCCCCAGGAAGAAGUGUCCUCAGACGUACAAACCGCCCACACCGGAGAUGUUAGCUUACCUGGACUUCAGUGUCUCCACAACUGGGAUCCUGGCAGGGGUGAAAAUGUCUCACUCUGCCACCAGUGCCUUGUGUCGCUCCAUCAAGCUGCAGUGUGAGCUCUACCCUUCCCGGCAGAUCGCCAUCUGCCUGGACCCCUACUGCGGCCUGGGAUUGGCUCUCUGGUGCCUGUGCAGUGUUUACUCCGGCCACCAGUCGAUCCUCGUUCCUCCUCUGGAGUUGGAGAGUAACGCGUCUCUCUGGCUCGCCGCUGUCAGCCAGUACAAGGUCCGGGUCACCUUCUGCUCGUAUUCAGUCAUGGAGAUGUGCACCAAGGGUCUAGGCUCACAGACCGAAGCCCUACGGUUGCGAAAUGUGAAUCUGUCCUGUGUGCGAACGUGCAUGGUGGUGGCAGAGGAGAGGCCUCGUAUCACCCUCACCCAGUCCUUCUCCAAGAUCUUCAAAGACCUGGGGCUCUCACCUCGAGCCGUCAGCACCACCUUCGGCUGCAGAGUGAACGUAGCAAUCUGUCUGCAGCCCAACAGGUUAGGGAAACUGGCUGAGCAGGGAACAUCCGGACCAGAUCCCACCACUGUUUAUGUGGAUAUGAGAGCCCUACGGCACGACAGGGUUCGCCUUGUUGAGAGAGGAUCCCCUCACAGUCUGCCCCUGAUGGAGUCUGGCAAGAUCCUUCCUGGAGUGAAAGUGAUCAUUGCCAACACAGAGACCAAAGGGCCUUUAGGAGACUCACAUCUAGGAGAGGUCUGGGUGAGCAGUCCUCACAACGCCACGGGCUACUACACGGUUUAUGGCGAGGAGGCGCUGCACGCUGACCACUUUAACACCAAGCUCAGCUUCGGAGACACCCAGACGGUCUGGGCAAGAACCGGUUAUCUGGGCUUCCUGCGACGCACUGACCUCACCGAUGCUAGUGGAGAGCGGCAUGACGCCCUCUAUGUGGUGGGCUCUCUUGACGAGACUCUGGAGCUGCGGGGAAUGAGGUAUCACCCCAUCGACAUUGAGACCUCUGUUAUCCGUGCGCACAAGAGCAUAGCUGAAUGUGCGGUGUUCACAUGGACCAACCUCCUGGUCGUAGUGGUGGAGCUGGAGGGCUCCGAGCAGGAGGCCCUGGACCUGGUGGCGUUGGUGACCAACGUCGUCCUGGAGGAGCACUACCUCAUCGUGGGAGUAGUGGUGGUGGUGGACCCCGGCGUCAUCCCCAUAAACUCCAGAGGGGAGAAGCAGCGGAUGCACCUCAGAGACGGAUUCCUGGCCGACCAGCUGGACCCCAUUUAUGUGGCGUACAACAUGUGAGGGGUCCGUCUACAGGAAGCCCCCUCCCUCCUCCUGUGUUUUUUAUUUCUUCCCUCUCACGGAGCAGCGGGACAGAAAUGGCUUGUGUGAGCUUGGCCUUGAUUGAAAGACCCUUGCUCUUCAGAACACAUGGCAUAAGACUGAAACGUUGAUACAACAAUUACAAAAAAAAAAAAA